GCGGGUGUUGCCGGGAAGGGCAUACGUGCCCGAAACCAGGUUCUGUGCGGCCAGGAUGGCUAGUCAGCGAGUGUUUCCACUUUCCUGUGUGGUGCAGCAGUAUGCCUGGGGGAAGAUGGGCUCCAACAGCGAAGUGGCGUGCCUGCUGGCCAGUAGUGACCCACUGGCCCAGAUCUCAGAGGACAAGCCCUAUGCAGAGCUGUGGAUGGGGACUCAUCCCCGGGGUGAUGCUAAGAUCCUUGAUAAUCACAUCUCACAGAAGACCCUAGGCCAGUGGAUUGCUGAAAACCAGGACUGCUUGGGCUCAAAGGUCAAAAACACUUUCAAUGGCAAGCUUCCCUUCCUCUUCAAAGUGCUCUCAGUGGAAACAGCCCUGUCCAUCCAGGCACAUCCUAACAAGGAGCUGGCAGAGAAGCUGCACCUCCAGGCUCCACAGCACUACCCUGAUGACAACCACAAGCCAGAGAUGGCCAUUGCCCUCACCUCCUUCCAGGGCUUGUGUGGCUUCCGGCCAGUUGAGGAGAUUGUGACCUUUCUGAAGAAGGUGCCUGAGUUCCAGCUCCUGAUUGGAGAUGAGGCAGCAGCACAGCUGAGGGAGAGCAUGAGCAGUGACACCCAGGCUGUGGUUUCUGCUCUGCGGAGCUGCUUCUCCCACCUGAUGAGGAGUGAGAAGAAGAUGGUGGUAGAACAGCUCAACCUGUUGGUGAAGCGGAUCUCCCAGCAAGUGUCUGCCGGAAACAGCAUGGAGGACAUCUGCGGGGAGCUCUUGCUGCAGCUGCAUCAGCAGUACCCAGGUGAUAUCGGGUGUUUUGCCAUCUACUUCCUGAACCUGCUCACCCUGAAGCCGGGAGAGGCCAUGUUUCUGGAGGCAAAUGUGCCCCAUGCCUACCUGAAGGGAGACUGUGUGGAGUGCAUGGCGUGUUCGGACAACACAGUGCGUGCUGGCCUGACACCCAAGUUCAUCGAUGUGCCAACCCUGUGUGAAAUGCUCAGCUAUACCCCCAGCCCCAGCAAAGACAGGCUCUUCCCCCCAACAAAGAGCCAGGAAGACCCCUACCUCUCCAUCUAUGACCCUCCUGUACCAGACUUCACUGUUAUGAAAAUGGAGGUCCCUGGUUCUGUCACUGAAUACAAGGUCAUGGCACUGGACUCUGCCAGCAUCCUCCUGAUGGUGCAAGGGACAGUGACAGCCAGUACACCCACCACCCAGGCGACCAUUGCUCUGCAGCGUGGUGGGGUGCUCUUCAUUGGGGCCAAUGAGCGUGUGUCACUAAAGCUUACUGUGCCCAAAGACCUGCUGAUAUUCCGGGCCUGCUGUCUGCUGUAGAGACCUCCACCUCCCUAGCUCUUUUUUGGUCACCCUAAUCCCAGCCAGCCCCACCUCUCAGGCCCCACCCAAUCCUCCUCCCUGCUGUGCAUUCUUUGGGUGCACUCUCGAAGAGCUGGUGUAGUGACCUUGAAGGUAGUGACUCCUGAGCAUGCCCAGGCUGAACCAUCUUUGGGGAUGAGGGGCCCAUGUGAGGACUAAGGCCUGCCACUCUACUUAUAGUCUCUCAACAAUCCAGGACCUUGCACAUCUGAGCCAGGCUCGAAUCCUCUCAGGAUUGUAGUCUCUCAACAAUCCAGGACCUUGCACAUCUGAGCCAGGCUCGCAUCCUCUUAGGAUUGUGCUCCAGCUAUGGCAUUAGACUUUCUGGUGAAACCUGUGACCCAACUCAGCAUCCUUGAGAGCAAGAGGUAACAUCAAGAACAGGGUUUUCGCCAUGGGACUCCCUGCCUCUUUGGCUGCAGGGAAAAGGGAAGGGGGAGGCCUGUGGACUAACGUUGCUAUAUCCUCUUGCUCUGUCAAAGCAAUUAAAGAUCACUUGUGUUGAGGCUGUGAGGUAAACAGUACUCAGCCUUUGGUAUUUCUGUCCCUGAAGUAGGAUGAAAGCUCUCCCUAGAGGUUGUCCUUUUUGCUUUAUUCAGCUUCCUGGGGGUGGGCAGGCUAGAUUCCAGAAUCCUUUUAUAGGAAGGAGUGGGAGAGGAAGCCAGUUUCAGCCUCUGAUGCACAGAUUGCAGCUUCUCUUUUUUUUUGUUGGGGUGCGGAGGUGAUACUGGGGUUUGAAUUUGAGGCCUGAAGCUUGCCAAGCAAGGCUCUAUCACUUGAGCCACACCUUUUUGCUUUAGGUUAUUCUUCAGAUAGGGUCUCACUUUUUGGCUUUUUGCCUAUGCUGGUCUCAAAACUAAGAUCAUCCUUUGUAGGCAUGUGCUACCACACCCACCUCCUUUGUUGGGUGGCCUUGAACCUUGAUCCUUCUUAUCUCUGCAUACCAAUUAACUGGAAUUACAGGUUGUGAGCCAGUACACACUCACAUCUUUCUUCUAAAGAUAGGGUCUGGUGAUAUAGCCCUGACUGGCCUAGAACUUGAGAUCCUCUUCCCUCAGCCUCCACAGAAAUGGGAUUACA